AAAUGCUGCCGCCCAUCCCUAUGGCAAUGGAGAGGGAUUUACCUGACCCUGGAGUUUCAUCUCUAUCUCCCACAGCUAAUGUGGAUUUGCCAAACCAGGGAGAAUCCUUGCUAUUGUCUUCAGCUGAUAUGGAAUUGUCAAAUCAGGGAACAUCACUGGCUCGGCCUCCUGCAACAGAGAGGGAUUUGUCAAGCCAAAGAGUGUCAGUGUCUGCGCCACUACAAUCGUCUCAGAGGAUUUAUAUGCCCCAAACAUCUCACUGGAGUGAAUCUCCAGCCUUGACAUCUAAAACUUCAGAUGCUGUUCCUCCACCCUCUGAGAGGAUAUAUGUGCCUACAACUCAGAGAAACAGCAACACAGCACCAACAUCUUGUGAUGGGGCAUAUGUCUUUACAUCUCAUAAAAAUGGCAAUAUGGGAUCGAUACCAUGCAGGAAUAACAGUAUAGCUCCAACUCCUCAUCGGACUGCUGUGACCUUAAGUCAAACUUCAGAGGGGAUAUACAUGCUGUCAACUUCUCACUUAAAUAACAAUGAGGGUCAAUCAUUUCAAAGAUCUGAUACUACCUUGUUCCCCACCACUGAGAGGAUAUGCAUACCUUGUACAUCUCACAGAAAUGACCAUAUAGGAUCUACAUCCCGGAUAGCUGGCAUAAAUUUACAUUCGAAUUCAGAGAGGUUAUACAUGUCUGGACCAACUCCAAGGAAUGACAUGGCACCUGCUACACAACAACUUGACGUAAUCCCUGCAGUUUCCGAGAGGAUGUAUCCUUCUUCAAUUGUUCAGAGAAAUACCAGUAUGUCACCAACAUCUGAGAGGUUAUAUGUGCCUGCAACUUCGUCAUCACAGAGGAUGUAUACUCAAAACCCAAUACUUUCAGUGGAUGAUUUUCCCAGCCAAGGAUAGUCAAUGACUUUGCCUACAUCUCAGAAGUUAUAAGAUAAGCAUCACUUAAAGAAAAUAAUAUGAAAAGGUGAAACAUAGGUUUUUACAUUUAUAAUCUAGUUUUUGGUUUCUUCUAAUCUUUGUUAGCUUGAUAUCAACGAGCUUAAAACGGUCCUAAGCAGAUUUCUGCUUGAGUUAAAGGAUCUUUCCAUUUUAAAAAUACUGAAAAAUCUAGAGGCAUUAAUGUGACAUGGUAAAGAAAAAAACUUUGUUUCUUGAGAA